GUGGUGUAUUGAGGGUUUAGUAAGUUGAAGGUAAAAUAUUAAACUUCAAAGUAUAUUGAAUUUGGUAUUUGACUGCAUUGUGACCACUUUAAAAUCCACAGCCUUCCUUUAUAGUUUGAGUUAAGCGAACAGAGCAAGGCUAUCAUUGUAUUUUAUUUUAUUUUUUCUUAUAAAGCUAUAAAAUAGCAGCUCUGUAAGUGUUUGCUGUAAAAAGGUUGUCAGUAUAACAAAGGGAAUCCUUUUCAGAUGCUGCUUUGAUAAUACACAAUAGCAUCCCCCAAGCAGUUUUCCCUACAUCUAAAAUUUUUGCAAUGAUAAAAAUGGAUUACUGUGAAGGAAUGGUUUGCAGUGUGCAGGUGUAGUGAUGAUGCAGUGCUCCAGAACAAACACACACAAGACAGUUCACAAUUAACAGCUCUUUAUUUUCAGCUGGGUUGCGUGCCAACAACACUUUAAAUAAUAAGCAUGGGCUCUACACAUCAAUGUGUAUUGCGCCAUGCAAAAGGAGGGUUACAGUCCCGAAAUAAUAAAAACACUUUUUAAACACACAAUACACAGACACAGACAUGUCUCCUGACAGUGGGUGCUCUAGUGCAAGUGAAUGGUGAAAGACAAACACAGAGGUAACAGUAGAUCAGUGUAGUCCGAGGUUUGGUGCUGGCGUGCAGCGACAGCUCCCGGUUCGUGUUAGCCGUCUAGCCAAACAAACAAUGACAGUUAGCUGACAAACAAACAAAACACAAAACACUCACAGUACUUUUAAUUCUCCUGUGCAUACGGUCCUUAUAGUUUAACCAUCAAAACUAAGGAACAGAUCACUGGGGCCACUUCCCCUUAAAACCCUCCGUCAUGCCCUCUUUCGGUGGCGCGGCCAAUCACGUCUCCUCCAAUCCGUGACUGACACAUCACCUACCGCAUUAAGGCGCUGACUUCAGGUAUCGUGGCCCCACCCCCUUCCUGAAUGUCCGGCUUCCGACUGACCCUGGAAUGAACUGCAAAAACAUCCAUUCUGGGGCACUCUGUUCUGGUUAUACAGCGCCCUCAGAGACUGAGAGGGAGAUUGUUGACGAGGAUUCAUUCAUUCUCUGUCACAAUUACCAACCAUUUUUAUUAGUGGGGCUUGCGAAGCAAGAGUCCCCACUUUAAAUCUUCAACGUACUUCUUCUUCUUCUUAUUCUUUGGCACGCUACUCCUCUUACACCGUUUAAGAUAGAAACACCGUUCAAACUUUAAAACGUGUAGACCGGUCUGGAAUAGUGUGCUUGUAUACAACUUUUUGAUAUCUUUUAUACUUUUUAAACUAUUAAGCUUUUUAUCCUUUUUUUGUCUAUCUUCAUUCACUUUAAUGGGACUUUUUUCAACAUUCUAAAGCUCCCCAUUGUUUAAAAACUCCCAGACUUCCAACAUUCUAUUUACUGUAAACGAUGUAACUUUUGACACAAAUCAGCUACUUUGACCACUUUCCCAACAAGUAAGACAAAAAGUUAGAGGGUAUGACAUCUUUCUCUACUUCUCUGCUAUUCAAAUUUGAAAUCAAAACAUAAAUAACUUUUACCAAUCAAGAGGUCCACCUGUUUUAGUAACCGCACCAACUAAAUUUUUCUCUAACUUUUUAUAAACUGCCAUUUUGACCACUUUCCCAACAAGUUAGACAACUACUUAGAGCAAAUGAAAUCUUCCUCUACUUCUCAGCUAUUCAAAUAUGAAAUCAAAACAGGAAUGGCGUCUACCAAUCAAGAGGUACAGCUGUUUUAGUAACCGCAUCAACUUCUUUCAGUAGGCUACAUCCCACUGUUGAAUUAACUGUCAUAGAACUUUGAGAAAUUUCAAAUUCUAGCACAUUCUAAGCAUGAGACAAUUAAUAAACAAUGUGACUUUUGACACAAAUCAGCUACUUUGUCCACUUUCCCAAUAAAGCAAGCCCCACAACUUGUAAAGUUACCAUCUAGUUUGUUUUGUUUUUGUUUUACAGGCAUUAAACAGCCAAGCCAUGCUGUAUUGGUUGCAGCAGCUGCAAAUAAAACGGUGGCAGCACAAUACCAGCCUGGUGAAAAUACCUGCAGAGCCCUCCACUACCUCCACACAGCUCUGCCAGCUGCCUUCUGCACCUUGGGAAGGAAGGACAGAGGACUUCCUCCCAGCAGUAAAGACCCCCAAGGGCCUAGUCGGAGAAGCCGCAGCCUGUCUGCCAGACAAGCACCCCAUCACAGAGAUACAGAACACAGUCCUCAAUAUCUGUGGAAACAAGCCAGCUCAGGAGCUGAGACGGAGUGUGUUCAACUUUGACAAGAUUCAGCAGUCUGAAGACUGUCCCUGUGAGGAUCCUGUGACACAGAUACUGGGGGAAACGGGUGCAUCCUUCAGUUGACAGGAAACUGCACUGCAAAGUCUGUGUCUCUGCUUAGUUCAUGUCUGGAUCAGUUCAAUGCGGGGACCACCACAGUGGCUCUGAAACUAUUACAUUCUUCUCAUGCAGGCACCUCCAGCAACGCCUGUACCUCUGACACCCCCAGCACCUACAGUCCUUUCAGCUCCUUCAGUUUCUUCAGUUACAAACGAGUCUGCGCAGGAAGCAAAGACUGGAGGAAAGAGUUCUCCAUCAAGCAGCAUGAACAAGAGGGAGAAGAAAAUGACCAGUUCUCUUCAGCCUUCUGGGGAGAAGGUGUCAGGAAAGGAGGGGAGCCCCGUGGACAAACUAUCCAGACUCCAGCACGAGGUGUUCACGCUCACUGAGGAGCUCAAGUCACAAAAGGAGCUGGUGCGACUCCUUCACAAGGCCCUGGAGGCAGCACAGCAGGAGAAGAGGACCAGCAAACAGUUCCUGUCUGCAGCAGGGGAGCAGGAGCGGCUGGAACUGGUGCGGCACAAAGAGAGGUGUAUCACGGACCUGGACGGCCGCCUGGAGGCCCUGCUCAAAGACAAGGAGGAGCUGGAGCAGCGGCUGGCCAUGCAGGACUGCCAAGUGAAUGAGCUGCAGCAGCACGUGCAGCUCAUGAUGGAGAAGAACAACGCCAAGCAGGAAGUCAUCCUCAAGCUCUCCGAGCAGGUGGCCGCCUGCAUGGCUGACCCCCAGCGUACCGUAGCCAAUUCCAUGGGCACAGAGACCUUCUGCAGGCUGCAGGAGAAGAUUGAGAACCUCAAGGACGAUAUUGAGGCGCACAAGAUCCAAAACAAGUUCCUCAACUGUGAAAUCUACCAGCUUACUAAGCUGUGGAGGAACAGUUCAGAAGAGAAGGGCCUCCUGAUGAAGUGUGCCUACGUGGAGGCCAAAAACUGCCAGAUUGAGAGCAAGUACCUGGUCGUGCUGCGCAGGCUGCAGGAGAGCAAAGGGCUGGACAGCAGUCAGCAGGAGAUGGUGAAAAGGCUCAUUGAGGACUCACUGCAGGGAGACAAGAAGGAUGGCUUUAAACUCAACCCUGUCAGUGAGUAUGACGACUAUGGAUUCAAGACCAUUCCUGAUUAUGAAGUAGAGGACGUGAAGCUCCUGGCCAAAAUCCAGGCCCUGGAGAUCCGUUCCAACAACCUGCGCAACAAUGAGAUGGUGGACAAGCCUUUGCGGACAAGGUGGGCUAACUACCUGGCCAGCCGUCCCUUGGACCAGCUGGCUCCCUCCCCAGAGCUGAAGGGCCUGAUCCGGUGUGGGAUCCCUGUGGAGUACCGGGAGCAGGUGUGGCGCUGGAUCGUGAGGACACGGACGCAGGUCUCUAGGAAGUGGAAUCCCAAUCGCUACCAGGAGCUGAGGAAGCAUUGCGAGGUGUCGGAGCACCUGGCCUCGCGGCAGAUCAGGCUGGACCUGCACCGCACCCUCACCAGCAAUAAGCACUUCUCCUCGCCCACCUCCGACGCAGUCCAAAAGCUGCAGCGCAUUCUGCUAGCCUUCUCCUGGCAAAACCCCACCAUCGGCUACUGCCAGGGCCUCAACAGGUUGGCAGCUAUUGCACUUUUAGUUCUGAAGGGUGAAGAGGAUGCCUUCUGGUGUCUGGUGGCUGUUGUUGAAAUCAUAAUGCCACAAGACUACUACAGCAAAACCCUCACUGCCUCUCAGGCUGAUCAGAGGGUGUUCCGUGACUUUCUUGCUGAGAAGAUGCCUCGCCUGAUGGCCCACUUCAAGGAGCACAGCAUCAAUCAUUCCCUCAUCACCUUCAACUGGUUCCUGGUGGUCUUCGUGGAAAGUCUGGUCAGCGACAUCCUGCUCAGAGCGUGGGAUGCUUUCCUCUAUGAGGGCACAAAGGUGAUAUUUCGCUAUGCACUGGCCCUCUUUAAGUACAAUGAAGAGGACAUUCUAAAAAUUCACGACAAUCUGGAAAUCUACCAAUACCUCCGUUUUUUCACCAAAACGAUCUCUGAUGGCAGGAAACUAAUGACCAUAGUGUUUAAUGAUAUGAACCCCUUCCCUAUGAAGCUGCUGAAGAACAGACGGGAGUUUCACAUGGAGAGGCUGACAGCCGAGCUGCUGGAGCUGGAGAGGAUACAGGAGGAGUUUGUGAAAGAACAACAAGUGGAGUGCAAAGACAAGGACCUGGACACUGCUGUCAACGAAGAUGAAGAAGUAAUACAGACUGCAGUUAGCUUGCAUCACACGUCCUGACGUUAUUGAAAAAUUACACAUCACUGAUACUAUUUAAACUAAUUUGUUUGCCUUAUUAUUCCCUGCUGUGGAAUAUAGUGGGGCUUACAUAUUGUGUAUGUCACACAUACAUCUAACUGUUAUCCUUUGUCUGUUGUUGACUAUAUAGGUAUGUCAGACUUACAUUUUUACAUGUACAGUUCGGCUCUUAUUUUGUAAUGGCGCGCGUAAUGUACCGACAUACUUGUUUUAGAGUCAACAAAUUAAGUUUACCAAACCUGUCAAAAUGCAGAAUAUUAAUGGAAAUAGGUGUGUUGGUAAUACACACACACUACAUCUCAGCAGUGUGGAGUAGUGGUUAGGGCUCCGGACUCUUGACCGGAGGGUCAUGGGUUCAAUCCCCGGUGGGGACACUGCUGCUGUACCCUUGAGCAAGGUACUUUACCUAGAUUGCUCCAGUAAAAAUCCAACUGUAUAAAUGGGUAAUUGUAUGUAAAAAUAAUGUGAUAUCUUGUAAGUCGCCCUGGAUAAGGGCGUCUGCUAAGAAAGAAAUUAUUAUUAUUAUUAUUAUCUCUGAAUGCUUGACUUCAAAUCCAGUUUAAGUCACACAUGAAAGGAGUAUGGUGGUCCUAAGCCCUCGGCUUCCACAUCACAAAACCAACACACAGUGCAGCACAAUUGGCACAAAGGAUAAACCUGUUUCUUAUCUCAUAAAACAGCCUUUUACUAUAAUUAUCAUCUGUCAGUCUCUGAAUUUCUUCAAUCAGCAGUUCCAUUCCACUCAGAUCAGUUCAGUAAAUUAAUUAUUUUGUAGUUUCCCAAGAAAACAAAAACUCAUUGGAGAUCUUGAAAAUUAAUGUCUUGAAAUGUGAUUAAUUUAGGCCAGGCUAAUCUGAACAAGUACAGAGAUUCCAGUUACUUUUCAGACCGGCAACCAGGUUCCAGAUUUUCUAAACGAGACUAUCUCUGAAAUAAACUUAUUUUUUAUGCAUUGGUUGUUUGUUUAUAUUCCUGUAAAUUGCAUAGUUCAGUUAUUGCUAAGUUAAGUGGAAGACGUUGCUUUGUUUAAUUAUGUUAAAUUGUAUGGCAAUCCUUCAUGAUUUGCAUGAGUUCACUUAGGUUUAGAGGUACAGUUUUAAUUCAUGUACCUCUGAUAAACCUAAACUAACUGACGAAAGCAAAAACACAAACGUUUUUUACUUGAGCUUGAAAAGGAAAAAAUAGGAUGAAUACAGUGCUAUAUAUACUGUGUGUGUGUAUAUGUGUGUAUAUAUAUAUAUAUAUAUAUAUAUAUAUAUAAUAUUAUUAUUUAUUUCUUAGCAGACGCCCUUAUCCAUAUAUAUAUAAUUGAUCGCUACAUAUAGAUUUUUCAACGCUGGUAAAAUGUUUAAUUCAGUAAUGAUUUUAAAAAUGUUUAUUUUUUAUUUUUUAAGGGAUGCAAGACAUGUAACAACUUUGUGUCUAAAGUUUUUAAAUGCCAACUGUUAAAUAAAUAGAUUUAUGGAUAUUAUUAUUUAUUUCUUAGCAGACGCCCUAAUCCACGGCGACUUACAAUUGUUACAAGAUAUCACAUUAUUUUUACAUACAAUUACCCAUUUAUACAGUUGGGUUUUUACUGGAGCAAUCUAGGUAAAGUACCUUGCUCAAGGGUACAACAGCAGUGUCCCCGACCGGGGAUUGAACCCAUGACCCUCCGGUCAAGAGUCCAGAGCCCUAACCACUACUCCACAUGGCUGCAUUGUCUAUUGCGCUGAAUUUUAACCAAUUUUAACAAAUUGUUCCCAUUAUUCUUAUUUUUUAUUUUAGCUUUUCUCUUCAAAUAUUUUUUAGAAAACAAAAAAGCACAAACAAAAUCUCAGCGUGUUUCAUCUUAUUCAUGAGUAGACUUAAUUUGAUACAGAGGAACACCCCUUUUUUAUACACGCAAUUUUCCACAGGUGAUUAAUCACCUUUUAAGAGAUGGCUCAGUUGACAAACAACUCUUGAGAAGGGAAACUUUUGUGAUAUUUUUUUAAAUUCUGUUCCACCACAUGGCCUUAAUGAAGACUUUAAAUAUGGGUAUUUUUUGUAGAAUGUAUGUUUGUAUGUAUACAGUAUAUACCUCUGUUCAUUAUUCAAGUUGCAGAGUAAAAAGAAAAAAGUAACUUAGUAAAAGAAUAUUUAGUGGUAUGAAAAGUUUUGUGUUGACGUACAGAUUGAGUGUUUAAAAUAAUAUAAAAAGUAUGGUCUUCUGCCUUCUGUUGUCAUUUCUGUACCUAAUUACUUAUUAAUUUCAGUUGUUUUUGAUUGUUCUGAUUGUCAAUUGAAGGUUUGUGACGUAAAGGUGAUUAAUCGCCUGUGGAGAAUUGAGUAUAAAAAAAGGGGGGUGUUCCUCUGUAUCAAAUUAAGUUUACUCAUGAUUAAGACUCUGUCGAAACACGUUGAGAUUUUGUUUGUGCUUUUUUGUUUACUAAAAAAUGUGAAGAGAAAAGCUAAAAUAAAAAAUAAGAAUAAUGGAAAAAUGUGUUAAAAUUAAUUAUUUUUGUGAAGAAUGGGUUGUCUUUUUCACUCGAAUCACUUUAUAAAGGCCUGUUGGCAACCAAUACAAGCUGCCUUUAUUUUCUCAGGUGUUGCCAGGUUGAUUACCUGGUCAAAGACUAAACACAUACAUGUAAAACAUUUAGAACAUGUUUGUAUUCUGUAUUUGUAUAUUAUGAUAUUUGAUUGGAUUUUUUAUGUACGUAUUAUUGCACAAUAGGGAGAAUUAACGAGAACAUUUCUAAUAUUUAGGCGUUCAUUUUUGUAUUGCUGUUUUAUAAUGUGAUGGCAAUCUGAACUAUAGUCAAAGUCUCUCAAAGUGAAUUAUUAUUUUAGGAAAGUAUUACGGCACAAGCACUUAUAUAUUACCAGUGUCACUCUCCUCACAAGGUUAAACUGUGAAACCCAGAACAUACUUUAACUGGCUGAGAUGAGCCCUUUUCAAGGCAUUUUCUCUGCUGUAUAAUAUAACAGAACUUGUUUUUUGAUGAAAUGGUGUGCAUUUUUUGCAUCCUUUGUGUAAGGUAUUUGAACUGAAAAACAUCAAAUACUGGUAUUAUCAUUGUGUUGUUUUAGAUUUGUUAAACAAAAUCUUAUUCUACUGAAAAUAUUUCUCUUUUGUUUCUAUAAAGGUUUAUAUAAAUACAGUAAUAACAUUUGCUGACACUGCAGUGGAGAAACACUUCAUUUAUUAAUUUGUCCCACAGCAAAUUCAGAAAAGAUUGUUCUACAACAGUGUUAAUACCUCCCUUUAGUUUACUGAUAAUAAAUGUUAAUAAAAAACAUUAACUAAUAUUAAA